AUGGAGACCGUGGAGAGCAUUUUGCCGCCCCGCGAGCCUGUUGACAGUGAUCAGGAAUGGGAGAGAGUGGACGAUGAUGUAACGAUUGCUGCUACCCUUGCACAAAAUGUUGCGGCCCACGAGGAUGAGGUUGCCAACAACGCGCUCUCCUCCUUCACCUCCUUGUCGGUUGAUGACGCUCCUUUGGAGACGAAGCUCGAGGAGAUGGAUGCUGCCUUGGCCCGUCUCCUGUCCAACGGGAGUGAGAAGGUUGAGGUGAAGGAAGCCGUGGCGCCAACAGGCGACUUUGUCCCUGAGGUGGGUCCCCCAUCAAAGGACAAAGAUGCCGCCAUGGACGGCUUUCCCGACGACUUCCCGGGCAUCAGCAAGAAGAGCGCGGACUUGGCAAAGCAGUUCACCAAGGAGGAGAUCGUUGCGCAGCAAAAGAUGCUUGCCGCCAAUUACAACAAGGCCGGAGCGGGGAUCGGCCACGGCAAGCUGGGGCAGCUGAGCCGGGGAGCACGGGUGCAGGGCAAGUGCAAGCUCUGCGGCAAGGAGGUCAUUGCCGUCGACAAGGGCCCCCCGACGGCCCAGAUCAAACUUGGCGAAUCGACGUGGUUCAUGUUCUGUGGCCCUGAGGGUGUCUCUUGGCAUACGGACGCAGACGAGGCCCAGAAGGAGGCGGCAGCGGUGGACCUUGGCUCGUGGGCACAGCCUCCACCAAAACCCUCCGACCAAUCUGAGCUCAGCUUUGCUGAUCAGGUGCCUUUGGCCCUGAGGCUCAGUCUGGCGCACACGGUGGCCAAGCAGCCCUUCGACGAGGUUCAGUUCGCCAAGAAGACGGCAGGGGAGCGACCACACAUCCAGGAGGAUUGGCAGCCUAGUCAAGAGACGCGCGCCUUCCACCCCCAGCUGGCUGCAGCCAUGGACAUCCAGAAGAAGAGGGCGGGACCGGUGGACCAACGACCGAGCAAGGAGACUGAGGAGGAGUUCAUGAACAAGCUGAACCCCCAGCUGGAUGUCAUGACCCAGAUGCAGGCGGGAGCACAUGAGGUUGCAGAUGCACCGGGGGCUUCGGUACUUCGGCGCCUGGACAUUGAGAACCUGCGCUCCCUGCUCAAGCGCAACUACCUCCAGGGCCCUGGUCAGCAAGGCGAGGAAUUUUUCGCAGCCCAAACUUCACUUGAGGCGGACAGGGCCUCGAACAAGCGGAUGCAGGAAGAGGGCGAACUCCGCGCCAAGCUCCUUAAGCCCGUCGUGGAAACCAUCGACACCUGGGGCCCCCAGCUCCGCGCUGCCCUCGAGAUGAAUGUCUUCAACCCGGACACGCCUCUCAAGGACAUGGAGUUUGAUGACAUCGAGGCUCUCCGGGACAGGUACUUGAACACCAAGUUCCUGCUUGGCCAGAAACGCAAUCCUUUCCCGGCCUCCCUCCUCCAGGAGCUCCCUUCCUUGGCGGCGAUCCAGGGAGAAGGAGAACGAGUCGCCCGGGAUGAUGACAGGGGGCUGUCUUCCACAGGUGCCUUUGGCCUUGAGGAACAGUCCCCAGAAGCGGUCCUGGGGGUCCCCGUGGGGUCCAUGGAGUACCAGAUCAUGCGCCUCAAGCGCUUGGUUGAGCUGCACCUUGGGGAGCAGAGGAUGAUCGGUGGCAAGUGGAAGAGGGCGGAACAGGUGAUGCUGGAGAUGAGAACCCACCCGCGCACAUUCCGGAGCCCCUUCUUUGAGCCGAUUGCCCUGGCCAUGGAGGAGAUCGAGUCGCAGGACGAUGACAGCAACUUUCACUGGCAGAAGGAGGUCCAGACAUGGGACCUCAUCUCUCUUUUCAGUACCUUCGGCCACAGCUACACGGCGCAUCACCUCUAUGCGGUGUGGAGCCACUUGCCCAUUACAAUCAAAGGCCACAAGAGGGGGGCGAAGAACAAGGAGGCGAACAGCCAGCGCCGAGACGAUUUUCGGGCGAUCCAGAAGGAGGCCAAGGAGUUUGUCCUGCUCCAUGAUUUGCCCGCGCCCACCACCGAUUUGGAAUGGAAGCAGCUAUACCGGAAGAUGGGCUCCUUCUUCGCGGCCAAGACCUUUCUCAGCAGGACCCCUCAGGUCGUUUUGGACAUGCCCGUCUCCGACGUCCAUGACUCCAAG